AUGAAGUUUAUUAUCCUCUUUGCUGUCGCUGCCAGUGGAAUGGUCAGUGCUGCUGGUAUUAUCAAGAACAAAUACGUCAAAAGCAUUACAAGGGCCCGUCGUGAAGAACAUCCAUUGGCUUCCCAACUGUGCAUUGAUUUUUUUGGGGCAAACUACCCUUAUAAGUGUUCCAGUGCAGCGAUAUGUCUCUAUUGCCCUGGCGACAUCGGUGAUGGUGUAUGUCAAGUAUGCAAUGGGAACAGUCAGUGUCCAAAUGGCGAAGACGAAGAGGGGUGUGAAGAUUAUUCGGAAGAUUAUGGCGACGCUGGCGGUCAAUGUCAAGUACCAAACCAAUCUAAAAUAGGAACCGGAGGUAUGGCGGUCUUACAGUCUCAGAUGCUUGAAGCGCACAAUUACUUCAGAUGUCUUCAUGGUGCUGUUGCUAUGACAACAUCACAAACUGCAAUUGACGAUGCUAUAAUAGCUGCUGCAAACUGCACCGCCGCUGGAACAUUGAUUCACUCAUAUCCAGGAGAGAAUCUCGCUUCGAUGUCGAGUGAGAUUUCAGAAGCUACAGGGUAUGGUCUAACUAAACUGUGGUAUGAUGAGAUUGCAGACUACAAUUACAAUGACCCUGAUAGCAGUACUGGAGUUAUUGGUCACUUCACUCAAGUAGUGUGGGCAGCAAGUACUAAUCUUGGAUGCGCCUACAACGUGGAUACCGUAAACGAUAGGGUCUACGUCGCCUGCGAAUAUGAACCAUAUGGUAACUACAUUGGCCAGUACACCAGUAAUGUUAACACACCUAUCUAA